AUGGCUGUUCGACCGAGUGAAAUUUCUGGCUAUGAAUAUUCAAGAUUUCAAAGCGUUGUCGACGAUAUCUUCCGCUGUUCAAUUUGUUUAAAUGUUGCAAGGGAACCUAGAACUUGUCAGAACAAUGAUCACAUUUACUGUCAUGAUUGUAUCAAAAAACAUUUAAGAGUAAAUUCUCAGAGAUGUCCAGAGUGUCAGGAGAGAUUGACGAUCAAAACACUUCGUCGACCGCGUAUUGUAGACAACUAUUUGUCAAAGUUGAAGAUAAGUUGUGAUUAUUCUGAUCGAGGUUGUCCCGAAUUCACGAAAGUUGAAGAUCUUCAAGAUCAUGUUUCAAAUUGUGGUUUUGCUCCGGUUUUAUGUUCCAAUGUAAAUUGUGGCCAAGUAAUAAACAAAAAAGAUAGGAUCCAACACGAAACCCAGCAAUGCGAAUAUAGGAAGACAGUAUUUCGAAAGGAUGUUGCAAUUUUACAGGAAGAUCUAAAGGAUCAUGAUGGAAAAAUGGCAACCUUUAUGGAACACAUUGAUCGCGGGUUAAAGGAACAAUUUGAGAAAUAUAAUGAAAAUUUGCAUGAGAAACUCAACGAUGAAAGAGCUCACCAUGAUCGAGAUGUCGAGGAAAUCAAAGACUUCAUGGCAAAAAUGUUGGAGAAGAUGAGUUUUGUUGAUCAAUUUAAUAAAAAGCUGCCAUCGCCAGCUGAGGAAAUGUUACCACCAUUACGAAAAGAUAUUUUGAUUGCUGGUAGUUUUAUAAAAGAUUUCUCUUCUUGCACAUCCGAAAUAUUUUCAUGGAAAAGAAAAGAAUGGAUUGAAAUUGCAUCCAUGAAUGACAAGCAUUCCGGAUCGUCCUCAUUUAUACACGAUGAUCAGUUGUUUGUUGUUGGUGGAUUUAACUGCAAAUCAAUAGAAAUACUGAAUCUGAAAGAACUGCCAUUGACAUGGGUGAAAGAUGAUGAGAUGCCUGAAAUAAUUUUAAUAGUCAAAUUGUUGUUCACAAAGGUAAUAUUUUUCAUAUUGGAGGAUAUAAUCGUGAUGAACGCACAGUUUCUGACCUGA